CAUGAAAAAUGUCAAUCUGACUCUCAGAUAAAUACCUCAAUACUUUCACCAUGGAUUCAGCAGCUGAUACAGAUGAAGAUGAAUUUGAAGAUGCCAGGAGUGAUCUUGAAGAGACGGUACAGUCCAGUUCUUCAAGAACUUGCUUCAAUCAGACAAGGAAGAAUGAAGACCCUGUCACACCAAUAGAAACCAUCCUUCGCAGUGUUCUUCAAACCUUAGGACUGGAGCAACAUUACCAUGAAAAGCUUCCAUUAAGCACAGCGUUACAGAUUGACAAAAGGACGGUUACAGAUGAUCCAGUCCAGUCCCUGUCAGCAUUAUCAUGGAGCUUCCUGAAGAAACUGAUGAUGGUAAAUGUGACUGCCAGAAACAUAACCUGUUCUGUUUUAGAAAAGCCAGCUUCAGAUAGCUCAGAUUGGGAAGACGAUCUGGAUGAUGAUCAGGCAAAUACAGAUGAGCAGAUUUCUUUGGUGAACCCUUUAGACCUUGUGACCGCUCUUUUCCUGUGUGCAGAUAGUUUUCUUCAGCAAGAGAUGGUUUCUAAAAUGUCUGUUUGCCAGUUCUCUGUACCUUUACUCCUACCAAACUGUGAAACUAAUCAGAUCACCUUCAUGCUCUGGGCAAUGAGAGAUAUAGUAAAGAAAUACAAACCACACUCACUUAUAGAUCCAAAUGGAUUUGUUGAAGAGAGGAUUAUUCUCUCUGACUUACCACUGGUGUCAUUUGUACGACUUGGUGACUGUAGCACCUCUAAAUCUCAAACUCUGAACAAGUUGCUUAGCAACCCCCAGCAGUACCAAGAUAUAUUUCUACACAAAGACAUGGAUUGUGGUGACAUUCCAAGAAAAAUAUCAAAUGGCUUGGUGGAGAUCAGCUGGUAUCUUCCAUCCGGUAACAAAAAUAUCGACAUUUUCCCAGAACCUGUGGCCAUUGCUAACUUGAGAGGUGAUAUCAACAAGUUUAAAUCUCAGUACUCCUUCCUGUGUGAGACAUCAAAUGCUGUUUUUGUGUUCUUUGAAAAGCUUGACAAAUGUGAUCUUCUGACAAAUAAUCCAGAAAAGUUGCAGCUGUUUUUGGUUGGAGAUUCUGAAACCAAGGAAAUAAAAACAAAAGCUCAACAACUAAACCUGAAAAGAAACAAUUUCAUGUUCAGGGCAAAACAGAAUGAAGACAGCUUUAUCAAAACACUGCGAGCAAAUAUGAAUACAGUGAUUAGGAACUGUGAGAAUACUAAGUCACUGGAGAAGAUGACUAAAGUGGCACCUGAACUGGGCAUCUUAGUUGACGAAGACACUGCAGAUUGUAAGCGUGCAAAGGACCUUGCAGAAAAAAUCACUUCAGAAAUACAAGACAUACCACAGUUCAAGGAAACACAACUUCCUCUUCAAGGGAAAUUCUGGAAAGAACUAGCAAAGCUGGAGAAAGAAGAGUGCCGUCUUCAGUAUGCAGGAGACCAGGGCAUUGAAAAAUAUAAAUGUGAGCUUGCUGCUAAGAAGAUGGAGCUCAGGAAGCAGCAAUGCAGUUUCAAAACUUCAACAGCAGUAACACUUUUCAUACAGGCACUAUCAAGACCUUGUCUGGAAAGAGCCUAUUUUUUCAAAUGGAUGAGGAUGAACCUGGACAGUCUGAGCACUAACAAUGUUUCAAUGCUUAAAGAGCAAUAUAAGAAAUGCCAAGAGUCUUCAGGAAAUAAGGAGGAGAUUUCAAAACUGGACAAAAAGAUUUCAUGUUGUUCUCUAGGAAUUGAGCAUUUUUUUAGAGAACUUGGUCAGCUGUAUGAAUCUCAGGUUUCUUUAUCAGACAAUGAUAAAGCUGAAAACCAGUUAUCACAUCUUCCAAAGCUUUGUGCAGAACUUCUGCUUGAAGGAUUCCCUUUGGAACUGUUGGAUGGAGAUGCAUCAAAUAUACCCAUUAGGUGGAUUAAUGCUGUGCUGACAGAGUUAAAUGUUUUGUUGCAACCCAACAACAGAAUCAGGACAGUUACAGUUUUAGGAGUCCAGAGCACAGGAAAGUCCACACUACUGAAUACCAUGUUUGGAGUUCAGUUUGCAGUCAGCAGUGAAAGAUGUACAAGAGGAGCAUUUAUGCUACUGCUGAAGGUCUCAGAUGAAAUCAAAGAAGAAGUCAACUGUGAUUACUUAGUAAUUAUUGACACUGAGGGGCUAAAAUCUGCUGAAUUAGCACAGCUGGACAAUAGCUAUGAGCAUGACAAUGAGUUAGCUACCUUUGUUGUUGGUUUAAGUGAUGUAACAAUAAUCAACAUUGCCAUGGAGAACUCUACUGACAUGAAGGACAUUUUGCAGAUUGUAGUGCAUGCCUUUAUCAGGAUGAAGGAAGUGGGUAAGAAACACAAGUGUUUUUUUGUGCACCAGAAUAUAAGUGAUGUAUCAGCACAUGCCAAGAAUAUCAGAGACCGAACACUUCUGUUAGAUCAGCUAAAUGAAAUGACUGAAUUAGCAGCUAAAAUGGAGGACAAUGACCAGAUUACAAAAUUCACUGAUGUUAUGGAAUAUAAUGUAGAGACUUCUAACUGGUACAUUCCUGGACUCUGGCAUGGAAACCCACCAAUGGCAUCAGUCAAUGCAGGCUACAGUGAAGCUGUUUCUGAGCUCAAAAAGACAAUAGUAAAUGGACUUGGGAAAUGCAAGGGAUCUCAAAAUACCAUUUUGGAGUUUAUUGAGUGGACAAGAAGUUUAUGGAGUUCUGUGAAGUUUGAAAAUUUCAUCUUCAGCUUCAGGAACAGUUUGGUGGCAGAUGCAUACAGGAAAAUAUGUGUGGAAUUCAACAAGUGGGCCUGGUCUUUCAGAAAGCACAUGCACACCUGGACAUUAAAAGCUGAGGCGAAUAUUUCCAAUUUUGGGAAAUUCUCUGAAAAGACUGCUGUGUCAGAGUUGAACCAGCUUGUUAACCAACUGAAAGGUAAUGCAGCUUCAGAGCUUUCCAAAGGGGAAAGUACCAUUCUGGACAAUAUCACCAGGUAUUACAAACAAACAGAUGGCUACAUAGAUCUUGUGGAAAUAUACAAAGAAGACUUCAUCAACAGUGGAAAAUCUUUGAGACGAGAGUUGGAGAAUGCAGUUAGCAACAAGUUAGAAGCGGCUUCAACCAUUUAUCGAGCAAUGUCGAAACUACAAGACAUCAAAAAGAAGCAGAGGGUUUCAAUGGAACAGAAAGUGCUGGCAUUGCUUGAAGAAUGCAGAAAGAGCAAAUCCCAAAAAACAGAUGAAGACCUUAAUCAAGACUUUGAUAAGAUGUGGAAUGAAACUAUUGAGGAACUGUCAUUUCAGCCACAUCCUAAACAAAAUAUCAUGGACUGUGUUUUUAAACAACUUAUGAUCAACCUGCAACACAAGGGAAGCUCAGUCACAAAGGAACUUGCUAAACCUAAUCUGGAGGACUAUGGAAAAGAUCCAUUUACUUUUGAAGUAGGAUUUCUGCAAAAAUGGUUUAUGAAGCAAACAGUGCUUGAAUUUCAAACAUUGUCUGAAAACAUCAUUACAAAAUCAGAGCAGUUUAUUGAAGAAAAAAUUGCAACUAAAACUGAUUAUGAUGACACAUACAUGAGGGAGAUAUUGCAGAUAGUGGAUGAUGAAUUAAACUCCUUCAAAAAAACUCAACACUGUGAUAAAAUUGAAGUCCCAUUGAAGAAACACAUCUGUGGCUUUGCAGGCAGGAAAUUUCAGGCCAUGCAUGAUAGUUUCAUUCAGGAGAAUGACCCCCGCAAAUGUCUGGAACAAUCCAGAGAUAUGUACUGCAGAGACUUCAAGGAUUUAUUCCAUGAACGAGAUCAGUGUCAGAAAAAGGCAAAAGAAUUUACAGAUCGUUGUCUCAUGCCUGCAGUUAAAGUGUACCUUUCCAAAGCCAUCGGUCUUGAAAUUGUUGAAAAUAUGGUCAAUGGGAAAAAUACAUCUAAUUUCCGCACACACACGCUUUUUCACCAGUUUAUUUUAAAAGAACUGCUGGAUAAAUUUAAGUUUGACAAUUAUUGCAAGUAUAUGAAAUCAUAUAAAUCCUUAAUGGAGGACAAGAUUUUCUGUGAGAUUUUAAAAUGCAUGCAUGUUGAAAACAAACUUGCUGAAAUAGAAGGGCAGUUGUUUGUGAGGAUUACCAAUUACAUAACCACGUCUAUCUCCAAAUGUGUCAAACAACUGGACAGACAGAAAUCCAGCAAUAUUAAGGAAUUUGUUUUUGCUGUCUGCAAAGACCUGGAAGACACCUUGGUCAUUCCUACGGAUUCAGUGGAAGAGCUUAUGAGUCUGAACAAUGCAGAUGUUGAACAGUUUGCUGAAUGGCUUACAAAAUCAGUGGAAGAAAUGAAAAUGAAAUUGCAACAGAAAAGUCAAAAACAAGAUUUAUUUACGAAAAUAGAAAAUCUUCAAUUCGAUCCUGUACAUGAGCUAAAGCAACUAUUGACCGGCUGUGGAGAACAGUGUCCAUUCUGUGGUGUUCCGUGUGAAGCAACUGGUACAGAACACACAGAACACUUUGCUACCAUUCACAGACCCCGAGGAUUAAAUGCAUUUCACUCAGUUUCUUCUGAGGAACUUGUGACUGACAUAUGCACUUCUGCUGUGUUUAGUGAAAAGAGGUUUAAAUGUAAGGACACAAACAACAAAUUCCAUCUCUACAGAAACUAUCGUGAGAUUUAUCCUAACUGGCAAAUCCCUCCAGAUACCAUCGAGGCAUCCAACUACUGGAAAUAUGUGAUGGCCCAAUUUAAUGAAGAAUUUGCUGGUUUCUAUGAGGCAAAACCUGCUGAUAUUCCUCCUGCCUGGAAACAAAUCACAAAGGAACAGGCAGAAAGUAGUCUGAAGGAAUGUUUUUGAGGAACAUACUGCCUGCAAACACAUACGCGUAGUUCAUGGCAGAUCCUACAGCAACCAUGCUGAUACUGGUUUUAAAAUGAAACAACUCUAAAAUAUGAUUCUCUGCUGAGAGAAAUCAUCAGGAUUCACAACAAACCCAAAUUCUGUCACAUUGUAAACCCAUGCUACUAUAUUUAUGCCUGUUUCACAGCUCAUUUAAACACCUGGCUUUAAACAUUUUUAGAAAAAGCAAAAAUCACACUGUCCAUGAGGACCAAAAUGAGAAAAAAAAUAGACAUGUAUGAAAUACAGAAAUCUUAAAAUGUAAAAUCUAUUACAUUAUUGCUAUCAACACAGUUAAAGAAUGAUGUAUACCACAUGUGCUGUAUCUGAUUUGUGUAAUAAAUGUAGUGGUUUUGUGUAAUACAGUAUCUUAUAAUAUAUAAUCCAGAAGAAGUAGAAUAAUGAUGGUGAUUACAUUUUUUGUUGGCACGUGACCAGCUUAUGUGGAAAUAUUGCAACAAAAUGGUCUCUGAACAAAUAUUACUCUGUAUGUUAUUAUGCUAAUCAAAACUCAUUCAAAAAAUACAAUUUAAUAUGUUCACCCUCUGAUUUUUGUUUUUCUUAUUGCAAAUGAAGUAAACAAGAGUACAUUAUAUAGUUGUGAUUUUUUUUAUCACUUCAUGUGUUUUUUUUUAUUUUGGGAAAAACUACUGGAAUCUACUUUUAAUAUUUCCAUAUCAUAUCCUACUUUUAUUGCAAUUUUCUUGUUGUUUUUUUCUGUUUUUUUUUUGUUUUUUUUUGCAUGAAUAAUACAAUGAGUUGAUCAUUAUUGUGCAUUAUUUAGAAACAUGUUCUAUCAUGUAUUAAAAUAUUUUCUGAAAAUAUCUGAUAUAACAGCUCAAGUUCUUCAGGUUAAAGGUGCUUCCUCCUUUAAACAGCUAUAACAUGUAUUUGUAUCAGGCUACAGACAGGGCUGC